AUUAUUCAUAGGCUGAUAGUAUGCUCACUGGAUGUGCUCAGUUUAGUAUAACUGAUCAACAGUCGUAGACGAGUUCCUUUGUACUAAAGAAGAACGUAGCGUCUUAGCCUAUACUAGGUUAUUACAUGUUGCCACUAUGAUUCGAUUCUGCAGCUUCACCCUGUGUGUUAUUCUUGCUGUUGCUCAUUGCUCUUCAGCGAAAAGUCAACAGAAACUUCUCCUGAUUCUUGUAGACGGUUGUCGCUGGAACUAUGUGGACGAACAAGAAAAUUUAUUAGGAUUUCGCAGAAUUGCUGAACAUGGCGUUCGAGCAGAGUUCGUAACACCAAUCUACCCAAGCAAUUCCUAUCCCAAUUGGUAUACGAUAGUAACAGGUCUCUAUGCAGAGAACCAUGGCUUCGUCGAAAAUUACUUAUAUGACCCUGUUAGGAAAGACUUCUUCCUUAUGGCACCAGAUCAAAGUGCCAGUGAAACGCAUUGGUGGAACCAGGCUGAACCACUUUGGAUAACGGCAAAGAAGAGUAAUCUUCGGAGUGCUCUUUAUUGGUGGGAUGGAUGCCAAGUUGAAAUUCGUGGAGAGAAGCCAAAUGAAUGCAUCCAAUAUAAAUCACCAGAAGAGUGGGAUAGCUUGGAUAAAGAUGUAAUGAAGAAAUUGAACGAAACCUUAGAUAAGUUUGAGAGAGACGAAAUUGAUCUUGUACAGUUAUAUUACGAAGCAGUUGAUGCAAAUGGUCAUUCGUAUGGACCAGAUUCAGAUAAGAGAAAAGAAGCAUUUGCUCGUAUUGACAGAAUGCUUGAUUUACUGCAAACAGAAAUCGAGGAACGAGAUAUGACAGAUAAGAUUAAUCUGGUUAUUGUCUCGGAUCAUGGAAUGACUUCAACUGAUCCUAAAAAUGGUCUCAAAGUGAUCAACAUAAGUACAGCCAUAAAUCCUAAAGACCUCAAGUACAUGAUUUAUUACGGAGCUUCUUGUAUGAUAGUACCAACAGAAGAAAAGGAAGACAAGCUAUAUGAAGACCUGUCAAAAGGUAAUAUCACAGGAUUACAAGUGUACAAAAAAGAAGACCUUCCAGAAAAGUACCAUAUAAAAGGCAACAGUUUGACAACACCCAUUGUUCUGAUGGCGGAUCCUGGAUAUUACAUAAUUGGACUUGAAGACAAAAAUAGAAGCAUACCAAUCUCUUCAAAAAUCUAUCUUGGUAGCCAUGGCUACGAUCCAGAUAAGACUAAAGACAUGCGAACCAUUUUUUUUGCCAGAGGACCAGCUUUAAAGAAAGGUUAUAAAUCAGGACCAAUACAUAUGGUGGAUCAUUAUAACCUGCUGUGUCACCUACUAAAUAUCAAACCACUUCCAAAUAAUGGCUCCUGGGAAAACGUUAAGAGCAUGCUCAAUGAAGGAAGAAACUACUAUCCAUUAACUUUCUUCCAGAUCUUGGCUUUGAUUUCAGCAUUGAUGUUCUUUAAUAAUUUGUGGUAGAUCAACUUCUUUUUUUUUCUUCUUGCUUACUGUAUCAGCAUUUUAAUUUAGGGCUUUUUAAAUUAAAAAUAAGAUAAAUAUAUUUUCAUACUUAAGCCAAAGUUUAUAAAUUGUACUUUUUCUGAUGCUAAAAGGAUUUUCUAGCAACCAUUUUAUAAUGUUAUAUCAACAGUAAAUUACAUAUUAUAACGUACACUCGAGAAUGAUUGGUAUAAGGUUUAUAUUGUUAAGAACAUUUAUUGAAUGAAAAUGGCCUGCUAAAUAAAACUACUAUAUCUUCAUAAUUUAAA